UAUCUUUGUCAGUUCGGAAAAAUAGUAAAUCCAAUGCAAAGUUGCAAACCCAAAGACAAAGCAAAAUAUAUUCCGACAAAAAAAUACAUACAAAUUAAAUGUAUACAUGUAUGUAAUAACAUAUAUAAAGUCACAGGCACAAACAAGAAGCAGAAUUAGCUGGCCACUCGUUAUUAUUCGUUUUCUCUUAAAUACUUAAUUCUUUUUUUUCCCAAACAGUUUCUCUGAAACUAAGAAACUCUAACAGAGAAUCCGGAUGCUUUUCUCUGAUUCUUCUACUCUUUCCUAAUUUACCGAUUUUCUCGGGAAUCCAAAAUCCCGUUUCUCUUUUUCUCGAGUUAAAAAACUUUCGAUCUGAAGUCAAUUCAGAUUCUUCUUGGAAGCUCAAAGAAGAAGAAGAGAGAAGAGAGAGAGACUAGUGAUUUGGUUUAGUUCGUUGGAUCAGAAAGGUCUCUGCUUUGAUCUUUGUAGUACACGUGGCGAAAAGGGUCGGAAUUUGGAGUUGUGUUGAUGAUGUUCCAAGUCUCAGAUUUCUUGUAAUAACAUUCUCUUGUCUUUCUCCAAUGUCUUUGUCUUGAUUCUCAGAAAAAGAUCUUCAGAUCCGUUUACUUGAGGGGAAAGAGACGAAUAGUUUUUUGUUAGCUAAAAAAAAUUAUGAUGAAGAUGAUGAGAAACAAACCGACAAAUCUUCCGACGGCGGGUAUGACUAAUGGCGGUAGAGGUUCCGGCGGCGGUGGUGGUGGCGGCGGCAGGGAGUCAGGCGGUCGUGAUUUGGAAAUUAGACCUGGUGGUAUGUUGGUUCAGAAACGUAACCCGGAUUUGGAUCCUGUCGGACCUCCACCACCACCGAUGAUCAGAGUUAGAAUCAAGUACGGUGCCGUCUACCAUGAGAUCAAUAUUAGUCCUCAAGCUUCUUUUGGGGAGCUAAAGAAGAUGUUGACUGGACCAACGGGUAUUCAUCAUCAAGAUCAGAAGCUAAUGUAUAAAGAUAAAGAGAGGGAUUCGAAGGCGUUCCUCGAUGUUUCGGGAGUGAAAGAUAAAUCUAAGAUGGUGCUUAUAGAAGACCCGCUUAGCCAAGAGAAACGGUUUUUGGAGAUGAGGAAGAUUGCUAAAACCGAAAAGGCGUCUAAAGCGAUAUCGGAUAUUAGCCUUGAAGUUGAUAGGCUCGGCGGACGAGUUUCGGCUUUUGAGAUGGUAACUAAAAAAGGAGGGAAGAUUGCGGAGAAAGAUCUUGUAACGGUUAUCGAAUUGCUGAUGAAUGAGUUGAUUAAGUUGGAUGCGAUUGUAGCUGAAGGAGAUGUCAAGUUACAAAGAAAGAUGCAGGUGAAGAGAGUGCAGAAUUAUGUGGAAACACUCGAUGCCUUGAAGGUGAAAAACUCCAUGGCUAAUGGGCAACAGAAACAGUCAAGUACUGCUCAGAGACUUGCACCGAUUCAAGAACAUAACAAUGAAGAGAGACAAGAACAGAAACCGAUACAAUCGCUCAUGGACAUGCCGAUACAAUACAAAGAGAAGAAGCAAGAGAUUGAAGAGGAGCCUAGGAAUUCAGGGGAAGGACCAUUUGUGUUAGAUUCUUCUGCUAAAUGGGAAACAUUCGAUCAUCAUCCCGUGACGCCAUUGAGCUCGACUACUGCGAAAAAUAACGCGAUCCCGCCCAGGUUUAAUUGGGAAUUCUUUGAUUGAGAAAGUUCACAUUUUGUGAAACUUUUUCUUUCUUUUAUCUUGUAUGCUUAUAUAAUUCUUGUGUGGAAGUGUUGGUUUUUUUUCAGGCUUCUUCUUCUUCUUCGUCACCAUCAUUAUGAUUCUUUUGAUGUACUUAUAGAUUUUUGUGUGGCGUUUGUUUAUCGUUCUCGAAAAUAAACAGAGACGCUACAGAGAAAUGAUUAUGAAAAAACCUGUGAUUCAUGUGUGUUUUCUUUUCUUCUUGCAUCUUCCUUGGAAUUUUAUUUGGUGUUUGUUACUUUUGUUGCAAGGGACUGAAACCUUCUAGAUGGAGGAGAAGGUCUAUUUCUCUCUCUGUCGGUUUUUUUUUUUUUGUUCAACUUUGAAAGAUUCAAAAAAGUUGACAAUGAGUGGGUCUUCUAAGUCCUAUUAUCAUUUCAGGCUAAAAAAAAGUUAAAA